AUGUCCUCUCGUCUCCUCGCCGUAACGGUGCAGGGAGCUGCCAUUUCGGCACUGUCCAACACCCUCGCUCAGGGCUUUACCGUCUAUCGCGAACGAAGCCUUUCCUCCAUCGACCCUGUCUCGUUCCUCCACUUCAUCAUCCUCGCCGUCAUAUCCACUCCGCUGAAUUAUCAAUGGCAGCUUGCGUUGGAAAACCACUUCCCAAGUACUUUUAAGAAAGACACGGUCGCGCUGAAGAAAAAGGAGGAUGGGACAACCGUGCAGGAUGAGUCGAGAGAGCAAUUGUCCAUUCCCAACACCCUUGCGAAGUUCAUACUGGACCAGACGGUGGGAAGCGCGUUGAAUACGUUGUAUUUCGUCGCCAUGAUCAACGUGUUGAAGGGCGCGGGAUGGAGCCAAGUUCUGACUGCAUUACAGCGGGAUUUUUGGCCCAUGCUUGUUGCGGGCUACAAGUUCUGGCCUUUGGUCACGUUGGGAAACCUUGUUCUCGUCCCCGUCGAACAACGCAUGCUUGUCGGAGGUCUGGCCGGUCUUGCAUGGGGGAUCUAUGUCAGUUUGCUAGACCUAUGA